GCUCAGGUUGGACUUUGGGAGAGGAGACCACCAACGAGGUGCCAGGCCCUGUGCCAUGGCUCACAGACCGAAAAGGGUGUUCCGGCCGCGCCGAGCCGAUUCCAGUGACAGCGACGGCGGCGAGGAAUCGUCUAGCGAGCCCGGGGCGCGAGGGGAGCAGGGUCCACCUGCAGAGGCGGCGAAACGGCCGCUCAGGGACCGGCGCCCUCGGGGCCUAGUCUGGGCGAGUUCCCGGCGGCCCGCCGCAGCAGCGCCCAGCACAGACAGCGACUCUGGCGACACAGGUUCGGAAAAUGCCCUGGCAGAAUCGAGAACAAUUGAUCUCUCAGCUGAUGAGGAAGAUGGAACGUGUCAAUCCUCAGAAAGUAAGGGGCAUCAGAGUUCAUCUCCCAACACAUCUAGCUCGCCAGAGGAAAAGGAAUUUUCACCAGCAGUUAGAAUACGAGACGCCGCUUUCAUUCAGGCAGCGCGCAGAAAACGAGAGCUGGCCAGGGCCCACGGAGACUAUAUUUCUUUGGAUGUAAAACAGACUUCCACCCUCUCUGGCACAAAGACCAACAGUGACGAAGAUCCUGAGAGUGAGCCUGAUGACCAUGAAGAAAGAAUACCAUUUACCCGAAAGCCUCAAACGCUUCGACAAAGAAUGGCUGAGGAAAUAGCCACCAGAAAUGAAGAUAUAAGUGAAGACAGCCAGGAAGAUGAAAAUCAGGAUGCUUGGGAACAGCAACAAAUGAGGAAAGCAGUUAAAAUCAUAGAGGGAAGAAAUAUAGUAGACCUUUCUCACAGAAGUGGAUCUCAAAGAGUGAAGAAGUUUGAUACUUCUGUUUCAUUUCCACCAGUAACUUUGGAAAUGAUAAAGAGGCAAUUAAAUACUAGGUUAACAUUAUUACAAGACACUCACCGUUCCCACCUGAGAGAAUAUGAAAAAUACAUACAAGAUAUUAAGAGCUCAAAGAGUACAAUCAAGAACAUAGAGAAUUCCUCAAGUCAAGCCUCAAAUUAUAAAUUCUAUAAGAGUAUGAAGAUUUAUGUGGAAAAUGUAAUUGAUUGUCUUAAUGAAAAGAUUAUCGACAUUCAAGAAAUUGAAUCAUCCAUGCAUGCACUUGUUUUAAAACAAGCCAUGACCUUGAUGAAACGCAGGCAAGAUGACUUAAAACAUGAAUCAGCGUAUUUACAGCAAUUAUCACGUAAGGCUGAGACGUCAACCAAUGGAAGUUUGGCUUUAGAUGAAAAGGCACAACAGAUUUUAGAAGAAAUGGAAUUCCGAAGAGCACGAAGAAGACAGGCCAGGACGCUUUCUGGCAACUGUGAUCAUGAGGAAGGCGCGUCUAGUGAUGAUGAACCGCCUGCGGCAGAAGGGGCUGACUUCCAAAAGGGCCAAGAUGAUAUUUUACAAAAUCAUGCGAAGAUUUUUGAAGAUGUACAUGAAGAUUUUUGUAACAUUCAGAACAUUUUGUUGAAAUUUCGGCAAUGGCGAGAAAAGUUUCCAGAUUCCUAUUAUGAAGCUUUCAUUAGUUUGUGCAUACCGAAGCUGUUAAAUCCCCUAAUACGGACUCAGCUAAUUGAUUGGAAUCCUCUUAAGUUGGAAUCCAUGGGCUUGAAACAGAUGCCAUGGUUCACGUCUAUAGAAGAAUUUGUGAAUAGCAGAAUGGAAGAUUCCAAGGAGGAAGCUAGUUCUGAUAAAAAAAUCCUGGCUGCCGUCAUCAACAAAACACUGAUUCCCCGACUUACAGAAUUUGUGGAAUUCAUUUGGGAUCCUUUGUCAACCUCACAGACAACAAAUUUAAUAACCCACUGCAGAAUGAUUCUGGAAGAACAUUCAACUUGUGAAAAUAAAGAUUUACUUAAUUCCAUUGCUUCAAGAAUAAAGAAGGCCAUAGAAGAUGAUGUUUUUAUUCCCCUAUAUCCAAAGAGUGUCGUAGAAAACAGAGCAUCACCACAUUCAAAGUUCCAAGAAAGACAGUUCUGGUCAGGCCUAAAGCUCUUUCGCAACAUUCUUCUUUGGAAUGGACUCCUCCCAGAUAAGAUCUUGCAAGAACUCGGAUUGGGGAAGUUGCUAAAUCGUUAUCUUACAAUAGCUCUUCUUAGUGCCUUACCUGGGCCAGAUGUUGUUAAGAAAUGCAAUGAGGUAGCAGCAUGUCUCCCAGAUAAGUGGUUUGAAGACCCGGCCAUGAGGACAUCUCUUCCCCAGCUAGAUAACUUCAUCCAAGCUUUAUUACAGCUUGCACAUAAACUAUCCAAAGAUGAAUUCAGGGAUGAAGUGAAAGAAAUAAUUCUUAUUCUGGUGAAAAUAAAAGCUUUGACUCAAGCAGAAUCCUUCACAGAAGAAUACCAACUAGACCACCUUAGAUCACUAAUUAAAGGCAAUUGAGUAAAUUAAUGUAGGGAAAUACUAAAAAUGGACGUUUAAUGUGGUCACACUCAGUUUCUGCCUUGAAAAGCAGCUUGUUUCUGUUUUCUAUCUCAUUAUGGAGAGGAAGACUGCGGGGUACUCCAUCCUCCGUUCCGAUCCUGCACCAUCCCCCUGCUUAAUACCAUGAAAGGCCGCCUUCCCUGGGCCGAGGUGUUUGAAAGAAUUGUGCACAGGAAAUGUUUGCCCUUGAUUCUCAAGUUCUUUCUGACUUCUUUGCUGGUUUUAGGAAUUUGAGAAAGUACUUGGAGCAGAGCCCCUCUAGGUGUUUGGCUAUAAACUGGGCUGUUUUCAUAGUUUUGCUCUUUGUAAGGGGUGACAUUAUUUUUGCUCUUUGUAAGGGGUGACGUUAUAAAGGUCCCAGAAAAGUUCAAAGAUGGAGGAAUUUUCCCAAUAAUUUUUAAGCUCCCUCAUAUGCUCUAUAUUUGCAUUUUUAACACAUUACAUACUGUUUUCUAAGCAGGGUGUUACUCCGUUUCCAGACAACAUCCGGCUAUAUAUACUUCCAGAGACCCAUAAUGUUUGGCUUGGUUUGGCCCCCACCCCCAGUAAACAGGAAGGAUAUAUUGGGCAAACCGGGCAUCUUUCGGGUAACAGCAGGGCAGGAAGAUGGGCAGACCAGAGCCCUUCUCACUGCUAGCGGCCCUGUCCCCUCCACUAUUGCCAGAUGCUCUGGGGCGGUGCCAGACAAGCUGUGGGCUCUGUCCAAACCUAGGAAUUUUUCUUCAGUGUAUUCUGUUAAGUAAUUCCAGGGUAAUUUUGCAAACCAUUACCCUUCUCUCAAGAAAUAGGGGGGAAAUGGAUUAUUGUAGAAUUUGAACAUGUGGUCUCUAACCUUGUCACCUUUAAUUUUGAAGUCACUUCAACAAUUUGGUGUAUUCUGUUUAAUGAUUCAGAAGACAUUAGUGUGAAGGACGGUUGAAAACUGUAUGUCAGCUGUACAGGAAUAGAACUUCACCUAGAAAAUUUAAACCACUGCUGAGAAGUAUUCAGUAUUCCUCACGGCUCUUGUCCCCAGUUACACUCUGUUGAGUUGCAGUGUUAUAUUUGCAUAAUUUCCAAAGAUAAUGUGUAUAUUUAUGUAAAUAUAGCUGGUUUUACAUUUGACAGAUUAUAUUACAUAUGAAAUGUGUAUUUUUAUAUCAUUAAAGUCCAUAUCUGGAAA